AUGUUGGAAGAAGAAUAUAGGCAGAAUCCUUCCGCACAGGUAAUAGAGGCACUUAUACAUAUAAACAAUAAAUUGCAACAGAAAGAGUCUGCUAAUGCAUUGCUAGAGAAAAUAAUAGGGCAGAAAAAGAAUGGCGACCCAUCUUUCAAUGUCCAUGUUAGAUUGUAUGAGAAACUACAUAAUUGGGAACGGGCUUUAGAUUUGUACAGUAAGAAGAUUGAAUUAGAAGCACAGGAUAACGAGUCCAAGUUAGGCAUGCUAAGAUGCUUAGAGGCUAUGGGAGAAUGGCGUAAAGUAUAUAAUAUUUCAACUGAGCAGUGGGAUAACAUGGCAGAUGAUAUCAAGAAAACGUCUGCGAAAAUGGCAGCAGCUGCUUCGUGGGGACUCCAAAAAUGGGAUUCAAUGAAAAAGUUCGUUGACUGUGUUCCUGAAGAUACACAGGAUGGGGCCUUUUACAGAGCAGUACUAGCUAUUCGUGAGGGAAAUUGGGCUGAUUCAUUACAUUACAUCGAUUCAGCACGGACUCUGUUAGGUGGAGAAAUGACAGCUGUUAUUGGCGAAAGCUAUCCAAGAGCUUAUAGUGCACUUGUGAAUGCUCAGCUGUUAACUGAAUUAGAAGAAGUGAUUACAUUUAAGCUUGUUAAAGAACGGCGCCCAACAAUACAAAAAAUGUGGUGUGCCAGACUACGAGGGGGUCAACGUCUGGUUGAAGAUUGGAGGAAAAUACUUCAAAUUCGUGGUCUCGUUCUGACUCCCCAAGAAAACAGCCAAGCCUGGCUUAAGUACUCAUCCCUAUGCAGAAAAAAUGGUUCAGUAAAUCAGGCCCAUAAAAUUAUACUGUCGAUUCUCGGCUCUGAUCCUGUCACGAAUCCAGAUGUUUUGCUUGGAGCGCAGGAUCCACGGGUAAUAUUAGCCUACAGCAAAAAUAUAUGGGACGCUGGCAACAAGAGAUAUGCUUACGAGGUGCUACAACGUUUCGUGGACAAUACAGAAGCCGAUGGCGAGGAACAGUGCAGAUUACUCGCGCGGUGUCAUCUAAAACUCGGAUCUUGGUGUGAAUCCUUGCAAGAGAUAAAUGAAUUGUCUAUACCGGAAAUUUUGAGGAAUUACGCAGCAGCAACAUUCCUAGCUCCUGAUUGGUACAAGGCAUGCCAUGCCUGGGCUUGCAUGAACUUUGAAACUGUCUUAUUCUAUAAACAACAAGAGAAUUUAUCUGAGAGCAGCGUUGCGGGUGGUUCUGGUGAUAAGAAAGUGUCGAGAGCAGAUUUUAUAAACACGUACACAAUUCCAGCAAUAGAAGGGUUAUUUAAAUCGAUAAGUUUAUCGAAUGAAAACAAUUUGCAAGACAUAUUGAGACUGUUGGCUUUAUGGUUCGAUCACGGGCAUCAUCCCGCUAUUUACGACGCGUUGACCGAAGGCUUAAGACGAAUCGAUGUAAAGAACUGGUUGCAAGUAAUACCGCAGCUGAUUGCGCGAAUAGAUUCCCCAAGAAGUCUCGUUGCCAAAUUAGUGCAUAUUCUUUUGAUAGAUAUUGGAAAAACGUACCCACAAGCGUUGGUUUAUCCACUUACUGUCGCAACAAAGUCCUCAUUUGUUACACGGAAAAACGCGGCGAAUUAUUUACUGACGAUAAUGUGCACAAAUUCGCAAAGAUUAGUUAAAGAGGCAGCUUUAAUAUCCGAGGAAUUGAUAAAUAUUGCAAUGUUAUGGCACGAUCAGGUCUACACAGCCUUAGAGGAUGCGUCAAGGUAAUAUAACAUUUUUUAUUCCUACAAUCUAGCCUUAACUUAGACUAAUAAGUAAUACUACUUUAACUUAAACUGCUAGAUAGAUUAAAUUAAGAAUGUGUCCAUUAACACAUUUCUGAAUGUCUCUAUUAAGGGGAAGUCACUUUGUUCAUGUGCCUUUUAUAAUAUCACUAUUUUAUAUUGUAUUACACUUAUUCACUAGCACUACACUAACUCAAAAGGUUUUGUUCGUUUUAGUCUUCUUACUAUAUCAGUGUUGUCAAGGAGCUGGAUUGCCUCGACGUUCGCGUGAUGUCAGUAACUUAUACUGACGACGAGUAUGCUGUUUUAUGCCAAGUCUCGAUUGCGAUCUCAAUAGAUCCUGCAGUUUCUCAAAAAAACGUUACCGUUGCGUAAAAGCAAAUAGUUUUAACCUGAAGUCCCUGCACGUCCCUGCCAUUCUAGGGAGCUAAAAGGAACGUCCCAACACCAUGUCAUUAGAGUCACGCUUCCUUCAUUCGACGAGACUGGAACUGAGCGAACCGGACGAAACGGAAAACCGUACUGGCGUUUAGUAGCUAGUCUGUUCUUAAAUUCUGUUGCAAUUCAAAUUCAAAUAUUUUUAUUCAAAAUAGGAUGUUAUUGAAAGUCAAAAAACUACCACCCAUUCCAAAAUGAAUGCCUCAGGCCUAAGAAGAACGGGCGCAACAAACUCAGCGGGCUUUUUUUUCAUCAAAAUUUUUUUUACAAAGUAACAUUGUACAAUUAAACUUAUUAUUUAAUAGCCUGAGGGCGGUUGUUCCAUUCUCAAUUUGUGUUAUCAUUAAGAAAGUCAUUUAUGUUAUACCUUUACCACACAAAGGUUUUUUAACAAUUCUUUUGAAUAACGUAAUACUUUUGUUUUGAAUUUUUUCUGGGAUCCUGUUG